CACGCACAGGGGGGCGCUGUCCGGAAAUUCCCCAAAUCGACCUCGACCCAGCCCAUCUACCUCUCUCCACUUGCGCUUCCUCUGCCUCUCCCUCCAGCUCCUCUGCUCCGCUCCGCUCCGCUCGGCCUCGGCGUGCGGUGCUCGGCUCGCUGCGGCUCGGUCCGGCGCGAAGGACACCAUGUCGGCCUCGGCGUCGUCGCCGCCGGCGGGAGAGGAGAACAAGCAGGAGGCGGCGCCAGUCAGGCACUGCAAGGGCGUCAACGACCUCGACAAGGUCGUGCUCCGCGAGGUCCGGGGCAGCUCCGCAGAGGUGUACUUGUACGGUGGGCAUGUGACAUCAUGGAAAGAUGAGCAUGGAGACGAGUUACUUUUUGUUAGCAAUAAGGCUAUUUUCAAGCCUCCAAAAGCUAUACGUGGAGGAAUACCGAUCUGCUUUCCACAGUUUUCCAACUUUGGGAAUCUGGAACAACAUGGAUUUGCAAGGAAUAGAACAUGGUGUGUUGAUGAUGAUCCUCCACCAUUUCCAGUGCCAACCUCCAAUACAGCUUUUGUGGACUUGAUCCUCAAACCUACUGAAGAGGAUUUGAAGAUCUGGCCUCAUAGUUUUGAGUACCGCCUGAGGGUUGCACUUAGUCCUGGUGGUGAUUUGAUGCUAACUUCACGUAUAAGAAACACUAAUGCAGAUGGGAAGUCAUUCUCUUUCACUUUUGCAUACCACACAUACUUCAAGAUUUCUGAUAUCAGUGAGGUGCGAGUAGAAGGUUUGGAAACUCUGGAUUACCUAGAUAACUUACAAGAUAGAGCCCGUUUCACUGAACAAGGCGAUGCAAUUGUUUUUGAAUCCGAACUGGACAGAAUAUAUCUGGGCACUCCGUCAAAAAUUGCGAUUAUUGACCAUGAGAAGAAAAGAACAUUUGUUGUGAGGAAAGGAGGCCUUCCUGAUGCUGUUGUUUGGAACCCCUGGGAUAAAAAAGCGAAGGCUAUGUCAGAUUUUGGGGAUGAUGAAUAUAAACGAAUGGUAUGCGUGGAGGCGGCGGCUAUAGAGAAGCCUGUCACUCUGAAGCCUGGUGAGGAGUGGACUGGAAAGUUGGAACUUUCUGCUGUGCCAUCUAGUUAUUACAGUGGUCAGCUAGAUCCUGACCGUGUGAUUCAGGAUUCUACUGUCCCGGAGGACUCAAUCAGCUAGUCCUUAAGUCUAUUUUGCGCAGGUAGAGCAUUACAUCAUAUGCAUAAGAGAUGCUGGCAACAAGGAUUGUCCACAUGUUUCUUCCAUUCUAUUCAAAUCUUUGGUGUUUUCUAUUCGGAGUACAUAUCCGAACCAAGGAAUGUGAAAUUGGUUUUCAUUUUUUAGGAUCUAUGCCGCAUAAUAUUGGCAUAGUGGACAAGUCGGUGUUCAUACCCUGUAUAGGGAUGUUUAAAGGAUGUUUCCAUGUGUUGUAAAAUAAAAGAAAAUUCCUCUUUAUAUUUGAUCGAUUCUUUUUUCUUAAUACAUAUAAUAAGUUUUAUA